CUCCAGCGUUUACUGAAAUAAUGUGGACUGAAAUUAAAGGCAUUUGCCGCUGUACACGUGUGGCAGGAACAGCGCAAUCUGAAAAAUCAUCAAAAAUGCAGAGGCUGCGUGCGCCAAAUUCGAUAUCAGAAGGAAACGCGAGAGCUCUGAUGAGUUGUGGAACGCAAAAACCGGGAUCCGGCCUUGCACAUGGAGUGGUCGUGAACCCUGAUCGACUGGUCUCAGCGUUACUGAGUGAGCCGAGCGGAAGCCAGCGAUCACGUGAACCGCGUCAGCGAUGGAGCCGAGCCUGGCGCUUCGUGCCCUCUGCCUGGUUCUGAGCUUCGCCUGUAUUCUGUGCACCUUCCCUGGGCAUCACCCUGCGCUCGGCACCGCAGGACAAUUCUGGCACAUCACCGACUUGCAUUUGGAUCCGACCUAUCACUUGACAGAUGAUCCUACCAAAGUUUGCUUUUCAUCAAUGGGGCGUCCAGCAAAGCAUGCAGGACCUUAUGGAGACUAUUUGUGUGAUUCACCAUAUAAACUUAUCCAGUCUGCUUUUAAGUUUAUGAAAGAUGCUAAUGUUCAACCUUCUUUUGUGAUAUGGACUGGAGAUAGUCCCCCCCAUGUACGUGUUGCGGAGCUUUCUACAACGAUUGUGAUUGACAUUCUCCAUAAUAUGACGAUGACAAUCCAGGAGUAUUUCAAAGAUCUACAGGUUUUCCCUACGUUGGGAAAUCAUGACUAUUGGCCACAGGAUCAGCUUCCUGUUAACAUAAGUGAUGUUUAUAAUGCAGCAGCUGACAUGUGGAAACAGUGGUUGACACAAGAUGCACGUAGGACCUUGCGAAAAGGUGGGUUCUACACCCAAAUCUUUAAUUGUACUCUUACUCAGCAGACCCUCAGGAUAAUCAGCUUAAACACAAACUUGUACUAUAGCCCCAAUAAAGAGACUGUGGGAAUUCCAGACCCUGCAGGACAGUUUGUGUGGCUUGAAGAUACACUGAAGAAAGCUCAACAAAACAAAGAGAAGGUUUACCUCAUUGCACAUGUUCCUCCAGGCUACUUGCCAGACUCAAUGAGCAUCACUGCAAUGAGGGAGAAAGAUAAUGAAAGGCUGGUGCAAAUUUUUCGCAAAUACAGCAAGAUUAUUAUUGGGCAGUUUUUUGGUCAUACACACAGGGAUAGCAUAAUGGUCCUUCUGGAUAAUCAAGACAAUCCUAUCAACUCUCUAUUUGUUGCGCCAGCUGUAACUCCUCAAAGAAGAGCUUUGAAUGGUGUAACCAAUAACCCAGGAUUACGCUUGUACAAGUAUGAUACAAAUGAUUACACCUUAUUGGAUUUAUGGCAGUAUUACUUGAAUCUUACUGAAGCCAAUGAGGAGAAAAUGCCUGACUGGAAGUUGGAAUACAUCAUGACAGUAGCCUAUGGCAUAAAAGAUAUACAACCACAGUGUUUGUACAAUUUAACUAAUAUGUUCAUAGGUCCAUACAGUGAGAAGUUCCAAAUGUAUUAUAAUCAUUAUAUUGUCAGUUACAAUACCAGCAUAGAAUGUGUUGGCUUUUGUAAAGUGAAACAGAUAUGUGCUAUAAAACAUAUGGAUCAUGCUUCAUACACAAACUGCAUUUUAAGAGGGCUGAAGUAAGGCCCUGUCAAAGAAAAUAUAUUGAAUCCUGCAAUCUUCAUUCUUUCUCUUCCUCAAUUUGCAUUAAAAGCUCUUAACUUCCUUUAUUUCCUAGUAGGAUACUUCAUUUAAAUUAAUAUUCCUUACUUUUAUUCCUUUUUCUUGUAUGCUGGUGAUUCUGUUUUGCUUUUAUUUCUCCAUCAUCCUAUUUUUCUUAUUCCUAUUUCAUUGCAAAACAUUUUUUCCUGUUAGCAUCACAAGUUAUGCUUUCAGAGCUGCAGUGGGUAUAUCUCUAUUCUUAGAAUCAAAGGUCAUAAUGUCAUACAGUAUGGAAACAGAUCAUUUUUGACCGACCAUAUUAGUGCCAUAUCUAAGAGCUAUCCAAUUGAUCCUAACCUUUGAUUUUCCCUACAGUUCUGCAAGUUUUUCCACUUCAAAUGUUUAUUCAAAUUUGUUUAUUCCCAUUGAUUUGCUUCCACCACCCUCUAAGCAGUGCAUUACACAUAGGCAAAACUUUGUAGCAAAAUUAUGCUUUUUCAUAUUACCAAUUAUCUCAAAUCGUCAUCCUUUUGUUACUAAUCCUUCUUUACUUUAUUAAAAACCUUUCACCUCUUUAGAAUGCCUCUGUUAAAUCCCUCUCCUAUCUGCUCUGCUGAAAGGAGAUAACCCAUUUUUUUGUCACUGCACAUCACUGAAGCUGAUCAUGACUGGUACAAUUCUGGUGAAUUGCCUUUAUAUUCUCUCUCAAAAACUUUGAUAUUCAUCUGAAAGUAUAAUGCUAAGAAUUUGGAAUGGGCUUGUUGGUUGAUGAGUCCUGAUUUUCCGCCUUGAGACAGGAAAAAACUCAAACAAGGAAUUAAGAAGGAGAAAAGAGGCCAUGAAAUGUCAUUUGGAAAACAGGAUUAAGAAUUCCAAGAUGUUUUAUACAAGUAUAAGGAGAAAGAAGAUAGUUAGGCUAUAGGUAGGUCCACUCAAAGACAAAGAAAGGAAUUUAUGCGUGAAGCUGGAAGACAUGGGUAAGGACCUUAACAAAUACUUUGCAUCUAUAUUCACAAAGGAGAAGGACAUGGUAGAUGGUGAGUCUGUUGGUAUUCUGGGGCUUGUCAAUAUAAAAAGGUGAUGGUGGGUGUUUUAAAAAGCAUUAAGGUAUACAAGUCAAUAGGACCUGAUGGAAUGCAUCCCAGAAUGCUGAGGGACGCAAGUGAGAAAAUUGUUGGAGCCUAGUAUGAAAUCUUUGUAUCAUCUUUAGUUACAGGAGAGAUACUAGAGAACCGGAGAAUAGCUAAUGUUGUUCCUUUACCUAAGAAGGGCAACAGUGAUAUUCCAAGAAAUUACAGGCUGAUGAACCUUACAUCUGUCAUAGGGAAAUUAUUGGAGAAGAUUCUUAGGAUUUACUCACAUUUGGGGAAAGAAAAUGAACUCAUUAGCUAUAAGCGGCAUGGCAUUUUGUGGGAAAAGUCAUGUUUCACAAACAUGAUUGAGUUUUUUGAGGAAGUGACAAAAAUGAGGGUAGGAGGCAUACACUGUGUCUAUGGACUUCAGCCAGGCCUUUGACAAAGCCCGUCAUUGCAAGCUAAAACAAAAUGUGAAGCCACACGGAAACUGCGGUUUGCUUGUUAGUCAUAGAAGACAAAGCAUAACAGUGCUUUUAUGACUGGAGACAGGUGACCAGUGGUGAGAUCAGUGCUGAGAAACCUGUUGUGCGUAAAAUAUAUAAAUGAUUUAGAGGAGAACUUUGGUGGCCUCCUUGGUAAGUUUGCAGAUGACACAAAGAUUGGGGGAGCUGCUGAUAGUGAGAAGGAUUGCCAAAGCAUAGAGCGAGAUAUAGAUAGGCUGGAGAGUUGGGCAGAGAAAAAGAGGACAGAGUUUAAUCCAGACAAUUAUGAGGGGAUGUAUUUUGGAAGAUUUAAUUGCAGAAUGAAAUAUACAGCAAAUGGCAGAAGUCUUAGUACCAUCAACAUAGAGGGAUCCAGACGUGCAGGUCCCCACUUCCCUGAGAGUGACAACACAAGUGGAUAAAGAUGGUCAAGAAGGCAUAUGGUAUGCUUGCCUUCAUUGGUCAUGGCAUAUAAUGUGAAAAUUGGCAAGUCAUGUUGCAAUUGUAUAGAACUUUAGUUAGGCCACAUUUGGAAUAUUCUGGUUGCCACACUACCUGAAGGAUGUGGAGGCUUUGGAGAGGGUACAGAAACAGUUUGCCAGGAUAUUGCCUGGUUUGGAGGGUAUUAUCCAUGAGAAGAGAUUGGAAAAACUUGGUUUAUUUUCACUUGAACAGCAAAAGAUGAGGGAUGAACUGAUAGAAGUUUACAAAAAUGAAAGGCAGCAUUAGAAUGGAUAGUCAAGGUAUCCCAGGGUUUUUCCCAGGGUAGAAAUGUCAAUUACUAGGGGACAUAGGUUCAGGAUAAGAGGGGCUAAGUUUAAAGGAGAUGUGAGAGGCAAGUCUUUUUUGCAUAGAGUGGCAAGUGACAGAAAGAGGAGGUGGUGGAGGGAGAUAAGAUAACAACAACUAAGAGGCAUUUUGACAGAUAAAUGAAUAGACAGGGAAUAGGGUGAUAGGGACAAUGUAGAGACAAAAGUGUUUUAGUUUAGAAAGGCAUCAGUCUGGGCGCAGGGGUAGGGUGGAGGUGGGGGCCAUAUUGACUGUUCCUGUGCUGUAUUGUUUGUCAUUACUCUAGCUUGUACCUCACUACUGCUUUAGAGAGUUUAGUAUAACUUGCUUGUUUUUAUACCUUAUAAUACCUUAUGUUUGUCAUGAUUGGCUUUGAAGGCAUCUAAUGAGACAACACAAAGAGCUCCCUUUGCUGGGCUGUCAUGAACAGCAAGUUUCUUAGAUUAUUUUUCUUCCUACUGUUCAGGAUACAGAUCAGCAUUAUUGAUCUGUGGAAGAGGACAGCUAAUUAUAUUAUUCAGUCCUUAAACUCCUGUGAAGAAGUAUGCUUGAUAUUUCUUAAGCCUUCUGAAAUGCUUCAUGGGAUAAUCUAGUAUUUGAUAUCUAUUUGUUCUCCCAGGGCUUAUCGCCUAUUACUGAAUGCUUCAAAGUUAGUGGGUGGAAAGUCAUGCGGAUGGACACAGAUAUUUGUUCAGUUGAGCCUUUGCCUGAAUGCAUUGCCUCAGAAUAGAAAUUAUUGCAGCUGUAUAUUGUUUGAGAUAGAACAUAGUUUACAUUCAGUUUAGACAUGGCUGAGGAAAUAGCAGAGGCCUUGGUUGUGAUCUUUCAAAAGUCACUGGAGUCAGGGCAAGUCCCAGAUGAUUAGAAAGUUGCUGUUGUAACCCCCUUGUUUAAGAAAGGAUCAAUGCAAAAGAUGGAAAAUUAUAGGCCGAUUAGCCUGACCUCGGUUGUUGGUAAAAUUCUAGAAUCCGUUGUCAAGGAUGAGAUUUCUAAAUUCCUGGAAGUGCAGGGUCAGAUUAGAACAAGUCAGCAUGGAUUUAGUAAGGGGAGGUCGGGCCUGACAAACCCGUUAGAAUUCUUUGAAGAGGUAACAAGUAUGUUAGACCAGGGAAGCCCAGUAGAUGUUAUCUAUCUAGACUUCCAAAAGGCCUUUGAUACGGUGCCUCACGGGAGGUUGCUGAGCAAGCCCAUGGUUUUCGAGGCGAGCUACUGGCUUGGAUUGAGGAUUGGCUGUCUGAUAGAAGGCAGAGAGUUAGGAUAAAAGGCUCUUUUUCGGAAUGGCAACCGGUGAUGAGUGGUGUCCCGCAGGGUUCAGUGUUGGGGCCGCAGCUGUUCACUUUAUAUAUUAAUGAUGUGGAUGAAGGGACUGGGGGCAUUCUGGUGAAGUUUGCCAAUGAUACAAAGGUAGGUGGAUAGGCAGGUAGUACUGAGGAGGUGGGGAAGCUGCAGAAAGAUUUAGACAGUUUAGGAGAGUGGUCCAGGAAAUGGCUGAUGAAAUUCAAUGUGAGUAAAUGUGAGGUUUUGCACUUUGGAACAAAGAAUACAGGCAUGGACUAUUUUCUAAAUGGUGAGAAAAUUCGCAAAGCAGAAGUACAAAGGGAUCUGGGAACGUUGGUCCAGGAUUCUCUAAAGGUUAACUUGCAGGUAGAGUCCGUGAUUAAGAAAGCAAAUGUAAUAUUGUCGUUUAUCUCGAGGGUUGGAAUAUAAAAGCAGCGAUGUGCUUCUGAGGCUUUAUAAAAAGCUCCAGUUAGGCCCCAUUUAGAAUAGUGUCCAAUUUUGGGUCCCACACCUCAGGAAGGACAUACUAGCCCUGCAGCGUGUCCAGCAGAGAUUCACACGGAUGAUUCCUGGAAUGGUAGGUUUAACGUACGAUGAGUGGCUGAGGAUCCUGGGAUUGUACUCAUUAGAGUUUAGAAGGUUGAGGGGAGAUCUAAUAGAAACUUACAAGAUAAUGUAUGGCUUAGAAAGGGUGGAUGCUGGGAGGUUGUUUCCGUUAGGCGGGGAGACUAGGACCCGUGGGCACAGCCUUAGAAUUAGAGGGGGUAAAUUUAUAACGAAAAUGAGAUGACAUUUCUUCAGCCAGAGAGUGGUGGGCUUGUGGAAUUCAUUGCUACGGAUUGCAGUGGAGGCCGGGACAUUAGAUGCCUUCAAGGCAGAGAUCGACAAAUUCUUGAUGUCACAAGGAAUCAAAGGCUACGGGGAGAGUGCAGGGAGUGGAGUUGAAAUGCCCAUCAGGCAUGAUUUAAAUGGUGGAGUGGACUUGAUGGGCCGAAUGGCCUUACUUCCACUCCUAUGUCUUAUGGUCUUACAUCUGUGUGUAAUGUUCUGCUAGUAUUCUUCUCUUCUUUGUAAUAUCCCUGAGAACAUUGCCUGCUCCAAAGCUGACACCCACUGUGUCUCCAACUAGGAACAUGGGUCCCUGUUCCACCACUGCAUCCUGUGCGCUUUGUUUUAAUUUUCUGUGCCACACUCGGUGACAAUUCAUCAUUCAUACUUCAGAUUUACCUGAAGUAUCCUUUCAGAUUACUGAGUGAGCAGGACAAUACCAAAUGAUGGAGUAUUUUUCUCUGAUGUUUGCUCUUGCAGAUGUAAUGGCUUAAUCCUUUGCCAUUUAGCAGUUUUUCGCAUCUUGUUUGAUUUGUAGCAUUUAAAUUAAAGAAUCAUAUUUAAA